ACGCAUAGUGUUGAUAAGACGAACUCGUGUUGUCGGUGUUGUCCCCGUGGUUGUCGCAGACGACGCAGAUCUAGAAAUAGGUUAUUCACCCUCGUAUGCAUUUGAAGAGGAACGAUACUGUAGACCCGAAUAAAAUUGGCUCUUCUCGACAUAAUGUCGACGCUAUUCCGAAAGAUCAUUAGCAAAUUGCAAAAAGUUACGUACCCACCAUUGAGAUAUUGUACGACCAUAGAGAACCGAGCAACAGUUAAAGAUCCAGUAAUAUCCAAGAUACAGUACGACGACGAAAAGACAUUGUAUCAGAAGCCUCGGCAAGUAUGGCUAGAGAAUUUAAAUACUGUAGAAGAAAAGAAAUUGGGUUUGGUCACCUUACAUCCGCACAUCUAUGCGGCUGCACCCCGUAUCGAUAUCAUUCACCAGAAUGUGAGAUGGCAAAGAAUGUACCGCUGGGUUUCUUACGCACAUACAAAAACACGUGCCGAAGUCCGAGGUGGUGGUAGAAAGCCUUGGCCACAGAAAGGAACGGGACGAGCUCGCCACGGAAGUAUACGUUCACCAUUGUGGAGAGGUGGUGGAGUGGCGCAUGGUCCUAGGUCACCAACACCACACUUUUACAUGUUACCAUUUUACAGUCGUAUAGCAGGCCUUACGGCAACAUUAUCCGUCAAACUCGCACAAGACGACUUGCAUAUAGUUGACCAAUUAGAAAUUCCUUCGUCGGAACCUUCCUACAUAGAACAGCUAAUCGAGGAGAGGAAUUGGGGACCAUCUGUUCUUUUUGUAGACAGCUACGAUAUUAUGCCUACAAAUAUCACCAUAGCUACCGAUCAAAUUAAGCAUGUCAAUCUAAUGCCCGUUUAUGGUCUGAAUGUGUACAGCAUGCUGAAACACAAUACUCUGGUACUCACGGAAAAAGCAGCCAGACUAAUAGAAGAAAAAUUGCUUUAUCAUUUACAUAGGGCAGACAGUAUGAAGUUAGUUCGUCCGUUUAAACUUAAUCAACAAUGAGAAGAACACUGAUUUUUUAAUGAAAUUAGAAACUUGUAUAUGUAUUAUCUACUCUUUAUAUAAUACAGAUUGCAUCACUUGUG